UCUUUAAUGGUUAUGUUCUUCAAAGUUGAAAAGCUCCUUGCGCUCUCUCUCUCUCUCUCCACCAAAUUGCAUUGCAGCUAAAUUUCGCAGAACUAUCCUUCUCUCUCUCUCUCAUCCACGCCCCAAAUCUUAGGGUUUUCACCAAAUAAAACAACCCCAAUUCCUCGAACUCUUCGAUUCGAUUACCCAACCCCACACGCUGAUUCCACAUCCUCCAUGAGAUUUGGUUGAUUGGAUCGUACGAUGGCGGCGCCGAGGAAUGUGACGGCGACGAGGGACGAAGAGAAGGGCGAGGACGAUGAUUCGUCCUCCGCGAAGAAGCCCAAAUCGGAGAGGUUCCCGCUGAACACGUGGGAAUUCGCCGUCGCCGUCGCCGUUUUCUUGGUGUUCUCCACCGGCCUCUUCUGCAUUUACCUCACCAUGCCCUCGGCCGCUUACACCAACCUCAAACUCCCCCGCACCCUCUCCGAUCUUCGCCUCCUCAAGGAACAUCUUUCGACGUAUGCGAGUAACCACCCUGCGCAGUUCAUUCUUGGGUACUGCUCCACCUACAUCUUCAUGCAAACUUUCAUGAUUCCUGGGACAAUCUUCAUGUCCCUCUUGGCUGGGGCGCUUUUUGGAGUUGUACGAGGAAUCCUAUUGGUUGUUUUCAACGCCACUGCGGGUGCAUCUUCCUGUUUCUUUUUGUCUAAGUUAAUUGGGAGGCCUUUGGUUUCUUGGUUGUGGCCUGAAAAGCUAAGGUUCUUCCAAGCUGAGAUUGCGAAGCGUAGGGAUAGGCUGCUGAAUUACAUGCUUUUUCUGAGGAUAACCCCGACAUUGCCGAAUCUGUUCAUCAAUUUGGCGUCUCCCAUCGUUGAUGUUCCCUUCCAUAUAUUCUUUUCGGCGACAUUGAUUGGGCUCGUUCCAGCCUCUUAUAUUACUGUCAGAGCUGGCCUUGCUCUUGGGGAUCUAAAGUCAAUUAAGGAUCUAUAUGAUUUUAAGACCUUAUCAGUACUUUUCCUCAUUGGUUUUGUUUCCAUAGCUCCAACACUUUUGAAGCGGAAGCGAGUAUAUGAAUGAAGGUUUCCUGGCUCAGCUUGCACAAUCAAGUUUGUCAAAAGGCAAGUUACGUGAUCUAAUUAGAUGAUGAAGACAGUGGAUCAGAGAAGAUAAUAUUUAAGAAAGAUAUCCAUGAAAAAGGAAUGUAUUGUUAUUAACUUAAACAGUGGCAUAUGCUCCAUUUUAUUUUCUGUGGUGGAGCCUAAGUUUUUUUGUUUCCCUUUUCAUUUUUUGAUCGUGUGGAGAGAGUAAGGUUAGACUUAGCUGAUUGGUGUACAAUCAAUUCAGCUAAGGUUACGAGGCUUUGUUGGAGCAUUAAAUUAUGUAUUGGCCUUGAUGUCAUCAGGAAGAUUGUGGUGAUUGUUUAGCGGUGCUGUAUGUAUGUGCUUCGCACCAAAUAGGAUCUGACUUUUUACCUUGUAGUAUUGCUUUAUUCAAUUAUAAGAUAUUAUCGUAGAAAAUUUCAAGUAUUA